CCGAUGUUUGACGUUCGAGGGUCGACGUUCGUGUGUGCCAUUCUGUCUCGAGCACGCCCUGUGCCGAGCCGACUGUCCGGUCCCUGCUGCGCCUUGGCCAGCUGGGUGCCGCCUGUGGGGCAGCUGGCCGCGGGCAGCGCGAUGUAGCAGGCGGUCGGUGCCGCUGCCCCUCCGCGGGCGGCGGCGCUGACGCCGACGCAUCCGCGCGCGCGGCAAUGGUGGGCCUGCUCGGCGCCCCACCCCUCUCGGAGGCGCCCGCGGGCACCAUCAGCGACGGGCUCGCGAGCCACUACACGUCCCUGGCCGAUGACGCCGGCGCGGCAGCCGCUGUGCGGGAGGCGGCGAUGUUGCUGGCGGUGGCCGAGGGCCACCUGGAGGAGAGCGAGGACCACGAGGAGGCGCUGAGGUCCGCCUGGGGCGCGCUGCGGCUCUUCCGUGAGGCUGGCGACCUCCACGGCGUGGCCGACGCCUCGCGCGCCGCCGUGCACUCCCGCCGCCUCAGGGCCCGGGAGGAGCGGUGUGGCCCGCGCGGCCUCCAGGGCAGGCUGGUGGCCCUGGAGGAGGCGCGCAGGAGGGCCGAGGCCGAGCUGACGGCGUUCAAGGCCGCCCGCGACAGGCGGGGCGAGGCCUGCAUGCUGCUCUCGGUGGCGGAGGUGGCCUGCGACGAGGGGGGGCCGGACCGCCUGCAGGAGGCCCUGGCCGUCGCCUCGGAGGCCAGGGCACUGCUGAGGGAGGCUGGGGACGACCGGGGGCUGGCCCUCGCCAGCCUGGCGGUCGCGGCCUGCCAGGUCGAGAGGUGCGCGGCCACGGAGGCGCGCGAGGCGGCGACCGAGGCGCUGCAGUUGUUCCGGCGGCUGGGGGACAAGAGGCGCGAGUGCAGGGCCUUGCACGCGCUGUCCGUCGCCAUGAGUGUGGGGCCUCUGACGGCCGUCACGAUGGAGGCUGGCCUCCAGGCCGCCCGGGACGCCCACCAGGUAGCGCAGGAGCUCGGCGCGCGGAAGAUCCAGGCCCACGAGCUCUACUUCGUUGCGGCCUGGCACCUCAUGAUGGACAAGCCUCAGGACGCGCUGCCCCCAGCGAAGCAGGCGGCCGAGCUGUUCGGGGAGCUGCGGUACGGCAGAGGCUGGCAGCCGCUGGCGCAGGGCGCGGUCGUCGGCGCUCUGGCGGGCAUGGGCGAGCAGCAGAAGGCCGUGAACGUGGCCAGCAAUGCGGUGAGCAGCUCCCAGGCGCAGGGAGACAGGAGGAGCCAGGUGAUCGGCCUGCACGCCCUGGCGGCCGCCCACCUGGCGGCCCCGGGGCCCACGGGCGCCGCCGAGGCGCUGCGGGUGUGCGGCGAGGGCAUGGAGCUGUGCCAGCAGCUGGGGGAGCUCAAGUGGGAGGCCGGCAUGCACCACGCCGCGGCGCAGGCCAGCCUGGGCCUGGGCCGCCAGGGGGACGCGGAGGCGGCCGCGCACGACGCCGCAGCGAUGCUGCAGGCGCUGGGCGAGCAGGCCGAGCGGGCGGUGGUGCUGCACACGCUGGUGGGCGCCCUCGUGGAGGGGGGCCAGCCCGCGAGGGCGCUCGGCGUGGCCUCGCAGAUCCGCGGCGCCUACCGGGAGCUCGGCCAGAGGAGGGCCGAGGCCGGCGCCCUCCUCCUCGAGGCCGCCCUGCAACUGCACGCGGGGGGGGCGGACGCCGCGCAGGAGGCGCUGGAGUUGGCCACGGAGGCGCAGGGCGCCUUCAUGGGCGAGGAGGACCUGGCGGGCGAGGCUGCUACGUGGGGCCUGAUCGUGUGGCUGCGGCACACGCAGGGGCAGCAGGAGGAGGUGCUGCGCGCCCUCAGAACGCAGCGGGCGCUCCUGCGGCGCGCCGGCGACGCCGCGGCCGAGGCCAAGGCCUUGUGUUCUGCGGCGCAGCUGCUGGCGGAGGGGGGAGACCUCGACCAGGCCGCAGGGCUCUCGGGCGAGGCCGCCCGUAUGGCCAGGCACGCCGGCGCCGCGAGGACCGAGGCGGAGUCGCUCGUGCUGCUCGCGCAGUGUAGGCUCGCGUCGCUCUGCCAGGCCGCGGACGCGGCGCCGCCGGAUCAGGCCGGCAGGGUGCUCUGCGAGGGCGAGGGCCGAGCCCUGCGCCCCGCGCGGGAGGCGGCGGUGCUCGCGAGGAGCUUGCCGGACAGCGCGCUCCUCGCCGCCGCCCUCAGCGCGUGCGCGCAGGUGCACGUGGUGAUGCGCAGGGGCACCUCCGCCAUCGGCCUGGCCCGGCGCGCCUGCAGCCUCUUCAGGGAGCUCGGCGACGCGCCGCGCGCGGCGGAGUCCUUGCUGCUGUCCGCCGAGGGCGGCUUCCAGUGCGGCAGCUGGCAGCGGGCCGAGGAGGAGGCGGCGGAGGCUUGCAGCAUUUUCGAGGAGGCGGGAGACCAGCACGGCCAGGACAGGGUCGCCCAGGUCCUCGAGCGGCGCGACGCCAUGGCCACCGUGGCGACGGCAGGGGCUGUGGAGCGCGGGGGCGCGCCGCUGGGGGUGCGGCACGGGGGCGGCGCCGAGGCGUUGACAGCCGCGGGGGAGCUGGCCGAGGCCGAGGCCAAGCCCGCCUCACCAAAGGAGGAGCCAGGUCUCGGGCUCGCCGUCGCCCUGAAGAUGACCCAGACCGCCGCGCUGGAGGCCAUCGGCGACACAGAGCUCGCCGAGGACUUGGACCUCGACAGCCCGCUGAUGGACCUCGGUCUCGACAGCCUGGCCAGCAUCUCCUUCAGAGAGGACCUCGUGCAGGCUUCCGGCCUCAAGCUGCCCUCCUCCCUGGCAUUCGACUACCCGUCCGUGCUGGCCGUCGCGGCUCACAUGGUGGAGCUGAGCAGGGCAUGAUUGACGGGGCGGUAUUGCUCUGGCCUCCGCCGAGGAAAGAUCUCCUGGGCUUCUCUCUGAGGGUAUCGAAGAAGCGGGUCGCUUCCCAGAGGGCCUGCGCUGGCCGAUGGGCAUCUCAUGUCGUGGCACGUGCCGCUGUGAGCGUCUGAGUGGGAGAGUCUUAGCCUUAAGCCAGCGUGUCCUUCUACAGCGGGAACAUGCAC